AUGUCUGUUCCAUUGUUCAUCUUUGCGGCCACUGUGUGCCGUGUGUUUGAGGACUAUGACCUGGACCCUGUGAAAAGCCUUGCUAAGAUCUUGGCGUAUCAAAGUGAAGAAUCUAAGCUUGAUGGAACAUAUCUUCCAGUCUUAAAUAGAAUCUCUGCCAAUUACGGGGAGAAAAGAAAAAGAGAACUGGUUAAAGAAUUUCGAGAUGUGCUCCUUGGUAUCCCCAAAGGAUUGAUCAACACCCAAUUGGAUCGACUACACUCAGUCCUCCAAAUACCAGAUUAUGAGGCUAUUCCUGUCAGGCUUUUCCACUUGUCAUUCCAAGAGUUCCUCCUUGAUGUGAACACACGUGAAAAGACUUCAUUUUGGGUAGUCGAGAAAGAGAUGCAUCAAAAGAUUGUAGUUCAAUGCCUGACAGUCAUGCGCCGCUGCCUGAAAAAGAAAAUGUGCAAACUAGAAAUUGAAGGUAUGCAGCGAGCAGAGAUUGAUAGAGAUCCUAUCAAUAGGUUCAUAUCACCAGAACUGCAAUACUUUUAUCGAUAUUGGGUACAGCAUCCAGCACAGGGUAAGGAUCUAAUAUCUAGGAUGGAUUAUUUUUUAUUUAUUUAUUUUUUUUCAAUUCUGCAAGAGCAUCUUCUUCACUGGGCCGAAGUGAUGAGCAUUCUAGGUUAUGCAUCUGAGAUUAUGCAAGGAAUUGAGAGGUUGCAGUCACUCAUAUAA